AUGUCGAUGCGAAUUGCAGCUCUAAUAAUCCUAUUUUCAGCUUUGUUCUUCUCACCAAACAGAUUUCUGCUAACCCCAUCCCUCCGUGAGCGAGUAAAACUAUUUGAAAAAUCCCUAUUUUUGCCCCCCUCCUUGAGCAAACAAAAAUUUUUUGUGAAAAGUUUUUAAUAUAUAAGUGAUAAUAGUUAUAAUGAAAUCUCUAGCUAAUUCUGUUUAAUUUUGAACAGCUUGCACUUUAAAACAUAAAUUUUACAAAUUAAAUUAAUAUUUGUUUUCCAAUGUUUGAGAAUUGGGAUUUUUUUAAAUUUCGAAAAAAAAAAAUACUAUAAAAUCUUAUAUCUAAAUUGUUUUUAAAAAAAAUUAACCUCCUUGAGCUAACAAAAUUUAUUUGUUCGCUCAGAAUGAGGGAGUGAGAAGAAUAAUUUUUCAACACUCAUCAACAUUAAGCAAAAACUCACAGAAUAAUUCUUCAUACUUUGGAGCGAAAACGCCAUUAGAUCCUCAAAAGAUUAUAUGGAGAGAAUUUAAAUAUUUAAUCAGAAGCUGGCAGAGUCGGAAUGGAUACGAUUACCUUCAAAGAGCUCUUAAGAAAUCGGGAAAGAUUAGAUUCUUCUGGAAUUAG